AUGUCUGUUCUCAAUAACUCUGAGGUCCAGCUUUUUCUUCUGAUUGGAAUCCCAGGCCUGGAGCAUGCUCACACCUGGAUCUCCAUCCCCAUUUGCCUCAUGUACCUGGUUGCCAUCAUGGGCAAUAGCACUAUUCUCUUUAUCAUAAAGACAGAGCCCUCACUUCAUGAACCCAUGUAUUAUUUCCUCUCCAUGCUGGCCAUUUCUGACCUGGGCCUGUCCUUCUCCUCCCUUCCCACCAUGCUGAGAGUCUUCCUGUUCAAUGUCACUGGAAUUUCCCCUGAUGCCUGCUUUGCCCAAGAAUUCUUCAUCCAUGGAUUCACUGUCAUGGAAUCCUCAGUACUUCUAGUUAUGUCUUUGGAUCGUUUUCUUGCUAUUCAUAAUCCCCUGAGAUACAGUUCUCUCCUCACUAGCAACAGAGUUGCUGGAAUGGGACUGAUCUUAGCCAUCAGGAGCAUUCUCUUAGUGCUUCCAUUUCCUUUCACUCUAAAGAGAUUAAAAUAUUGUCAGAAGAAUCUCCUUUCUCACUCAUACUGUCUUCAUCAAGACACCAUGAAGCUGGCCUGCUCUGACAACAAGAUCAAUGUUAUCUAUGGCUUCUUCGUUGCUCUCUGUACCAUGCUGGACUUGGCACUAAUUGUUCUGUCUUACAUGAUGGUCUUGAAGACUGUACUCAGCAUUGCAUCUCUGGCAGAGAGGCUUAAGGCCCUCAAUACCUGUGUCUCCCACAUCUGUGCUGUGCUCAUUUUCUAUGUACCCAUCAUCACGCUGGCUGCCAUGCACCGAUUUACCAAGGACAAAAGCCCCCUUGUUGUAAUCCUUAUUGCAGAUAUAUUCUUGUUGUUACCACCCCUAAUGAACCCCAUUGUGUACUGUGUAAAGACUCAACAUAUCCGGGAGAAGGUCUUGGGAAAGUUGCUUAACAUAUGUAGGAGAUAA